UUGUGCGAGUUCCGGACGGUGAGCGGCAAGAUCCUGAAGACGGUGGACGCCGUGUUCCAGAACGUGACCACCCUGGAGGACUGCCGGCGGCUCUGCCUCAGCGUGCCCUACCGGUGCCACUCGUUUGACCUGGGUGACCCCGACAACAGCGUGUGCCGCAUCAGCCACCACGCGAGGGCGUCGCUUUCACACAUCGAGAACCCCUACCUCGAGAUACCCGGCGCCGCCACCAACGAGCUCGCCGCCUGCUACAACGUGACCAUUCAGUGCAAGGCGCGCGAAAUGGUCGCCAUGGUGAAGACGAGCAAGAUCUUCAACGGCAAGGUCUACUCCAAGGCGAGGCCCAACUCGUGCGUCACCGACGUGGUCAACAGCCUCGACUUCCAGAUACGCAUGGCCUACCACGAGCUCGACUGCGAUGUCAAGCAGGAGAACCUAGGCCAGUUCUCGACCGACAUCGUGAUUCAGCACCACGACAUGAUCGUGACCAACCAGGACCUGGGCCUGUCCGUGCACUGCCAGUACGACCUCGCCAACCGGAGCGUCUCCAACGGGGUGCAACUGGAGGUCGACGGGCGUGAAGUGGAGACCUCGCAAAGCCAGUUGGCCACGGUGAGCUCGCCAAACGUGACCAUGCGCAUCACCGACCGCCAAGGAGACGAUGUGUUCACGGCUCAAGUGGGAGACCCCCUGGCGCUUCGAUUCGAGAUCGUCGACAGCAACAGCCCAUACGAGAUCUUCGUGCGCGAGCUCGUCGCCAUGGAUGGCGUGGAUAGCAGUGAGAUAUUGCUGGUCGACAGCCACGGAUGUCCCACCGACCGCACCAUCAUGGGUCCGCUGCACAAGGUCAACGACGACGGCAAGGUCCUUCACGCGCCCUUCGACGCCUUCAAGUUUCCAACCUCCGAGAUUGUCCAGUUCAAGGCGCUCGUGACACCCUGUCUGCCAACCUGCGAAGCGGCCCGUUGUUCGGAGAAAAGCCAGACUCCCUACGGACGCGAGGUGGACUCAUUCGGUCGCCGGCGUCGCCGGUGGACCGAGGAGGGCGUCCCGGGCGAGAACGGGGUGUGGCGUCGCUCUCGCCGAUCGUCGUCGCCGGCCGCCGGUGACGACGAAGACGACGAACUGGUCGUCGUGCAGACGAUCCACAUCACCGACAAGUUCGGCUUCGCCAGGUCGCAGCAAAAGGACGGCGAGAACGGAGCGGACGGUUCGUCGAGGGACACUAUGAUGUUGCCCACGGACGGUUCGAGCUGCAUCAACGUGGUCGGUCUCAUAGUGGCCUGCUCUAUGUUCCUGAUGGCCCAGGUGGUCCUACUGCUCGUCUGGGGCUGCGUCUGGCAACGCAGGCGCCGUAACAAGCUCGACGAGUGCAACACGCCCAGCAUCGACAUCCUCUACUCGUCUUCCAGAGAAAGCAGCGUGCGGUAUGUGAGGGAUGGCGCCUCCAGCCGUCAAGCAGCUGGCAGCGCGGCGUUCAACUCGAUUUUCAACGGGCCUUGCCGGCAACUGCAGUCCAGGCGCUGAAAGAUAUGCAAUAUCUCUCGCGCCAGCAUCUACGUACUACACACACACUAAUGCGUGCAUGGCGCGAAGCAAGAAAGCUCCCAACUGUGCGCCAACGACUAGCUCAACACUGCCAACACGUGCGAGAACGACAAAUUCCGAGAAAAGUGUCUGCUACGUCUACACGGAACUUCUUCAAGACGUAUUCACGAAGUCCACGCAGCGACCACGCGCACUGCGACCGGCCGUCGGCAUCUCCGAAGCCAGUGGAAAGAAAAACAAAAAAGAAAGACAGUACGACUGGUGUUUGGUGCAAUGCCUACGAUGUGUAUGUGGCUGCCAACGCUGCCUCUGAACUUUGUUUUUUGUGUUUGUGUGCUAAUGCGUGGAAUCUUCUUUUCGGUCCCUCUUGUGCGUCGUGGCGUGCGCACCAAAGAACAAUUGUUUGGCCGGACGGCGCAAGAUCUGACACGCCAGUUCAUUGACUCCAGUGGGCUGGACGUUUAUUUCGUGUGCAUCGAAUGUGAACUCUCUUUGAACCUUCUGUGAAGUGAACAUUGUUGUGGUCUCGUGUGCCUUGAACUGCUCUUGAAGAAAGGGACUGGUUCCCUAACGUAUAGUUCGAUAUCUGGAAACAUGGCAAUGACUGCGAAAGCUUUAGUCUCGCAGGAGUUGGCUCAUGCCUGCAGUGUGCAAGACAGUCUAGUAUUAGGUGCUGGUUACUCUUUCUAGUUUUAGUCCGCGUAGAACGCGAGGCUGACACGCAAAAAUUCAACUUGCCGCUCUUGAAUCUAGUUAUGGUUUCGGUUUCGGCUGUUGCUGGUGGUUGCGCCUAAAAGCAUGACAUAAGAGCCGGAAUCAUAGUUUAAUGUCAUAUGGCAUUUGCGUAACGUUCGAACCGAUCCUGGUUUUAGCGUCUGUGUUCGUUUUAUCGUGAGCUUCUUCUGGAUAUCGUUUGCGCUGAUUUUAUAUAUAUUAACUAACUGUUGAGCAGCAGCUCUUAACCAGACACGCUUAGCUUGCGUUAAAGGUGUUGUCUAGUUCGAAAAGUUGGAAAGGGGCUUCCAUCUGAGCUUUAGUGGCCGGUAUUUAUAUUUCGCCCUUGCUAUACGGGGGCCUGCACUACAAGAUAGUUUUAUGCACUACGUUCAUCAAACCCACAAGGCAGCUAGCUCUUCGCAGCGUUUAUAUUUUUUCUUUCAUCAGUUCAGUGUCCAUAUACCGUUUAACCAUGAUCAGUGUCACAUAAAUUACUGUGACGUGACUCACCAGGGGGAAUAGGGCGAGCCGUAGUCGUGUUACCUCACUCUCUUUCACUUCGCAAACUCAUGUUGUUACUCAGCGCGUUGCUUGGCACGCGGGUAUUUCGGAUGCGCAUCGCUUUUUACGGUAACAAAAAUCGGUGCAAGAAUCAGUAAAAUGUUUCAGAUGAGAGUUUUUACCGUCCGUUCCACGUAACAUUCAUCUCAAAACUCGCGUUUAAUUACGUAAUUUAAUCCACGGUAGUCUAAUUAACUUAACGAUCACAGGGGCACAACGAGCCUUGCUGCCAGACCACAGAGACACCGUGUGGACGCUUGUCUGCCCUCCUCUCAGUCGGGUCAGAAUGACGUGCCUUACUUAGACAACGGCUGUGCCUGCGUGUCUCGUGACACGACGUCAUCAACGAAGGCCGACGCUCCCUCUGCAAACCACGCGAAAGUAAUGAACGUCUGUCAAGGGUCGCCGGCUGUCCCACUUUGAAUGUUUACAUAUUAUUUAUGGAUGACGUCAUGUCGCGCGAGAAGCUCAGGCGUGGAAGUUGUCGAACCUCCGCAAAUUCUCGCAAAAUCCUCGACUCCAACCAAGCUCUUCCUCCAUUUCAAUGAGUGGAGCACAGCGCUGCCCUUCGACUGAAGAAGACGCUACGCUUUUCAAAAACUGCCGCAGAUUGUCAGUGAAGCGCAGGGACAACUUCUCUCGAAGGUUGGCGCUACAAUCUGCUUGUAAAACCCCUGGAGCCUCUAGCCGCCGUGCUACGCGAUUGGACGAUAACUUCAGCGCGCCUCCUGGUGCGGACCAAGAACAGCUAGCAGACGACGGCGCCUGGCGCGAAACGGUCGCCGGUCUCAAACGGAGCACACGCAUAUAUUUCACUUGAUUCACCCUGUGCCCUGCACCGCGCCCGUCAUUGCGAAGUGCCGUCGGCGCGGCGAGUGAUAAGAUUGGAACGGAAUCAAAGAAUAGAACCAGGCUUCUUUCUGCUAGUUCACCCAAAAGGAAAGCAGCGAAAGACUAUGAUGCGACGUUAACUAACGGAUUGGUCGCAUAAUGCGCGCGCAUUUUGAAUCUUUUUUCGCUUGGACCAAACCAGGAGGCGCUGCAGGCAGUUGGCGCUAUUUUUAGAAGAUCAAGGGCUUUCUUCAAUCGAGGGUCGAGGUGAAGUUGUUGAGGGGAGGGGCGUUCUGGAAUUCAGGGAGACAAAACGUUUGCCGGGCGCACGCUGCCAAGCACGAGCCCCGCGCAUGCGCAGUUGCGUCCUCGAUCAGCCGCUCUGAGUUGCGGAGCGUAAAAGCACUCAUCUAACGCACUGUGUUUCAGCGAAAAUGAAGCAAGUGGUGCGAUCAAAAAAGACUGCUAAAGAAAUGCAUACUCAUAAAAAAAAAGUAUUUGCUUAAAGCAACAUCCGCGCCCGCUUGCGGGCUGCUUCGUGGAGUGAGUAACGGCGAGCGAUAAGAUAAUCAAUGCAGCUUGGCUAUCGCCCAGCCAAGGCCUAGCAUCGUCACAACCGUCACUACGACGCUCCCAUAGUGCCGUGCGAAUACGUUUCCGUUUCGUACAGCCCAGCUGCUACGUCUAUCGUGUGGAAUGACUUGAAAGCCCCUUGCCUAAUGCUGUCCGGCCACUCCGAAAUGGGAUCAUGAAUGCCUUCAACUACUACUUCAUCUUUUGGCAAGAGCAUCUUUGGUCAUGCCCGAAAAAAGGUAUGUCAGAAUUUGCAUGAGUAAAUCAUUGCUACAGGGAGGCUGACAUGCUAAACACUUUUUUUUUCUCAUUAUUACCAUUUUAUUAUGAUCUGUUUCGCAUUUUUAAUUAAUACUCUACCAGCUUCAUCAAAAAUUGCCAUGAGCACAUUUAAACUAUUUGAAGUAUUAAUAAUUUCCAUUCUUUAAAUCUAGAUAAUACACAUCAUUAAGUUAGCUGGAAGAAAGGAAUCUUAUAAUGCUUCAAUUACGAACCUUGGCCAUUGGCACCCCUCAUGGGUGCGUGCCCAUGUGUUAAAUGCAGCAACAACAAAAUUGCAGAUAGUUCACGAAAAAAAUCAGUCAAUCCAAUUCUCAGUUCUUGUCUCUACCUCAUUGCAUUAUAGCUACAGUGGUGACGCUGUCAAACACGCCAAGGUUAGCCUGUUGCGAUGAACAACAUGCACGCUUAUAACUGCACGAUCAUUUUGACGGUACCUGAACAAUCCCAGGGCCAAAACAACCUCAAGUAAUAUUUGUAGGAAGCACUAUGGCACUACGUAUGCCACUACCGCGCAUGCUGAGCAUGUUGAAAGGAGAGAGCAUGAACCAUCUUGUCUUGCAGUGCAUGGGUUUCUCUCUGCCACACAUAGAUGGCCAUACCCUUUUACAGGAGUCUGGUUUCAGUGGCGCAACUAACACAGUUAAAAUUAUAGUUCAACAGCGGAGGGCUAACACUCUUAAAUAACCAAAUGCUGUGCAUCUUCUGCUGUGUGAUCAAUGCAUGUUUUUUCAUUUUUACACCCUGUUGGUCUCCUCUUUUUGAAUUUAUUUUUUUCUUACGAUAGGUUCUGUCUAUGCGUAGCUGCCCAUCCCCCUCCCUUCUAUUUUAAAAAGUGUAAGCCCAAACCAUUAUCAUAAAAGUUGCACCCUUUCUAUUUCACAUUCAGUAGUGCUGCUUUGUAACAUAGAGGGAUGCGCAGUGGAAAAUAACCUUUUUUUUUUUUUUUUUCCAGUUUGCAGUCAGUCUGUCGCACUCCACAAGGAGAGAAAAUUUUGAUGAAGUUUGAAAAUUAAAUUAAAAUAUGGGGUUUUACGUGCCAAAACCACGAUCUGAUUAUGGGGCACGCCGUAGUGGGGGACUCCGGAAAUUUGGACCACCUGGGGUUCUUUAACGUGCAC